AUGGGUUUUUCCGGCUUCCCAUCCUUUCGGCUUUUCACUUUUGAUACACUUUCUCCGCUCUCGCGACACACUCAGACCUUUGCUGCUCACGCACCCAAAGCUGUUUUGACUUCUCGCGAUCCCGCACUGGUCCCGGGACGCUCAAACUCUUUUCUUAUUUUCUUUAUUACGUGGGGCGAGACUUUUGGCGGAUUUGGGCCCGGUCUCUCGGACAUACAUCUCUUUUCUUCUCACGAAAAAUUUCAGGGGGUUCUCAUGGCGGUUUUGGGAUAUCACAGCAACACAUAUACGGGUCAUCGACUUGUCGGGAAACCAGACGAGGAUGGUUUACCGGUUGCGAAUUGCAUGUCUAACGACACAAUCUCUUUUCCUUUGUAUCAUUCUACGAUCUACGACACUCUUUAUGAACGAAACUUUGGUCUUCUGUCCAUCAUGAACUCUGGCAGAGCCUUGGAUGAAUGA